UGACGCGACAGACUACUGUAUAAAAUAUCUAACCCCACAUCCAUAUAACCACCUAAUAAUAAACUUAGAAUAGAACGAGAAUCGCGCGCGGUGAUAUAAGUGCGAUAAAGUACAAGAACGAGCAAAUUCCGUAACAUUGUGCGUUAUCAAAUUAAGGCCAGAGUUGUAGAAAUCGAGUGUGCUUGCGUUGAAAGGCGCUAUUUUGUGAUAGGAAUGCUAGAUAGUUCUCGUAUGCAGAGGCUAAGAUUGUCGAAAUAGAUAGUAAACUGUAGAAACGUGAAUCGGUGCAGUUGUUCCUGAUUUCGCAGAAGAUUUAUAGUGAGUUGGCCGGACGUGAAUGAAAACAAAUUUUGAUUUUUGCAACAUCUGUGCUUGCCUGCUGUGUCCCUGAUCGCCGGACUUGGGUUUGUCGGUGAAUUUGGAUCAAAACUGCGCUCAGGAUUUGCUAGUGUGGUAGUGUGGUUAUACAGCAGUCACAACCAGAGAGUAUCAUCGCAAUUAUAAACAUCAUUACGGACGGUCGUAGUCACAGUCGCGGUCGUCGUGCGCACGUAUUUAACAAAAUAAAAACUUUGGUAUGGCAAGCCCAAUGUACUGCAAAGCUUGAUACUUGCAAUUAAAAUCUCGUCUCAUUCACAUCAGUUCACUGUUUUGUGCAAAACCAUACACAUACUUUGGCUAUUCGUACAUAUGAAGCACAUUGAAAAAAUGUGUGCAACCCGCCCCCACAUAAACGUUUUGUACCCUUGAAAAUAAAUGAAAAUGAGUUACUUUCAAACUAAUUUUUGCUAAAAACAUUGCAAGCACAACAGUCUUUUUUGCGUUAUUUGUUAUGUGUAUGUGAAUUUGCAAAAGUUAUCAAAACAUAGCUGAAAUACUACACACAGAAAGGGAGCUCGCCUAACUCAACUACAAAAUUUAUGUACCAGCAAGUCAAUUGUCGAAGCUAAAUUUUCCCUGUUUACACAGAGGAUUGUUUUCAAAACUUCUAAACAGAACUCACGUCUUAUCUGGUACAUCUCCUCACCUCAGUUUUUUAAAGAUAGAAUACUGUUAAGCAAUUGACUGAGACUGGUUGGGAUACAUUCCCUGCUAAUCAACCAAAGAAAAUAUUACUGUAGUAAACUAUUGUGACUGUAAAACACAUCAGAAAUCAACAGAAGGCGUAUUGCACAUUGCUAGAAACAUAGGCACGCACAGAAUGGCUGAUCACAACGAGGAUGAGAUGAAACACUGCUACGAGAAUCUGAUCGUGGUGGAUGUGGGCGCCAAUCUAACCAACAAAAAGUACAUUCGUGACCUGGACUCGGUGAUACAGCGCGCUAAAGAUUCGGGUGUGCAGAAAGUAAUGGUACCAGGAACGUCUGUCAAAUCCAGUAAGGAGGCGCUACGUCUGACUCGCAUCUAUCCCGGAAUCAUCUAUUCAACGGCCGGAAUUCACCCACACGAUUCGAAGUCUAUCAUCGAGGAGCCGAGCACGUGGCACGACUUUGAAGUGAUCGCUGGUGCUCCGGAGUGUGUCGCCAUUGGUCCCUGCGGUUUGGAUUACCAGCGAGAUUUCAGCGAACCGUGCACGCAGAAGGACAUCUUCGAACGACAGUUAAAACUUGCAUGCGAUCUACAGAAACCAAUUUUGAUACAUGAACGAUCUGCUCAGGAGGAUGUGUUGGAAAUACUUUCGAAAUUUCAACCUACACCGCAGAUCAUUAUUAGAGGUUUCAUGGGUACCAUCGAGGAAGCACUUAAAUACUUGCAACGAGAUUACUACAUUUCUCUGACCGGAUAUCUAUGCAAGGAUAAAUCUGAUACUGGCGUUCGUAAGCUGCUCGAAGAUGGCCGGCUACCGCUGGAGCGUCUGCUGGUAGAGACGGAUUCACCCUUUAUGUAUCCCAAUACUCGAGCUUCCAAACUGCCUCAGCACGUGAAAACUGGUCUAACCGAGCGGUCGCUUCUCUAUUUGCACCGAUAUUGUACCUUCCAGCGUAACGAACCCUGCAGUUUGCCGGCAAUUGUGGAAAUGAUCGCCGCAUUCAUGAACAAAAAACCAGAAGACGUGGGUCUUGCAACAGCGUUCAACGCCCUUAAACUGUUUGGGUUAUCUCAAUGAUAGACACAAAAGUAAUAACGACGAUUUAAACAAAACGAAAACGAUUUCAUUUAUAUUUCAACGAAUGAUAAUUUUGUUAUCAUAACUAAUUUUAACGCAGUUUCUUUUACAUACCUAUCAAACAAUUGUUAAGUUGGUUCUAUUUAAGUCUUGCCUGAUGUUAGUUAUCGAAAUAACCUGGAACCUUAGCGUUACUCAUUAGAUGACGGAUCCAAAAUAUGCUCCAAGAGCUUUUUUACAAUGUUGCGGAAUCCAGUCAAAUUGUUUUGUUCUACACAUUUAGACGUAUUUAAGGGUAGCUGUAGUUAUAAGCUUUGAUAUAAACAUGUGUUAACUGAAUUUAAUUGUUCUAUAUGUGAAGCGAAAGACUGAAGUUACUAAGAUGAGUUGGUUAGAAAACAUCAACCAAAAUAUAAUACCACUUCUAAUCUCGCGAGAAUUAGAAAAUCAAUCAACGAUAGUAUAACGAAAUCCACUUUGAAAUCAUCGCUCGUCCCACAAGAAACAGCGUUCGAGCAGGGAACAAUCUCAAUAGAAUUAUUAGAACAAACAAAACACAUUCCUUGUUGUAAACGGCAGUUUCUUGAGCGGCGACCGAGUUCGCAUAUGUUACUCAUAUGGAUAACUAGAAGCUUGUAGGAUAUAGUAAAUUUCGUGACACUGUUGUGCUAAUUGGCAGCAACUGUCAUACAGUUCCGAGUGCUCUCAUUUGCUUACAUAUUUAUUAGAUUGGGAAUAAGAAAUUAACAGUUGAAAAUAAUUGUUGUUCACUAGGUUAUACUACGCAUGUGCAUUGUAGAGGAAAAAUAAAUAAAUAAUGCAUAGUAAGAGAAGUGCCAUAAAGAGGUCCCUUUGUGUAACGGACGAAUUUGCAUAUGAUAUGUGACACCCUGUAUUCAUCAUCUAAUUAGUGAGAUUGAA